AUGAUGGCCAAGUCAAUCGCUUCCAGAGUAUAUUCGGCGACAUACAGUAAUAUACCUGUUUAUGAAUUUCAAUUCGGUGAAGGCCUCAAAGAACAUGUCAUGCGACGACGAGGAGACAACUGGAUCAAUGCCACACACAUACUAAAAGCUGCUGGCCUUGACAAGCCCACGCGAACGAGAAUUUUAGAGCGAGAGGUGCAAAAAGAGAAGCACGAAAAGAUUCAGGGAGGAUAUGGAAAAUAUCAAGGUACUUGGGUCCCACUAGAACAGGGAGAGGCCUUAGCUCAAAGAAAUAAUAUUUUCGAAAGGCUGCGCCCUAUAUUUGAAUACACGCCUGGUGACGAGAGUCCACCUGCAGCUCCUAAACACUCGACCGCAAAGCCCAAGGCCAGUAGACGGACCGCAGUUUCUAAAACCAACAAUAGAACACUGCCUGCUCCGAGUAGGAAUCUUGAUGAUGAAUAUGAAAAUAUAAGCACUCAGUUAGAAAAUGAGAGUGUUGCAGAUGACACUACUGUCGCAUCUUUCAUGGACUUGGAUGACGAACGAUAUGAAGUAGCUCCAAAUUCGACUGGAUAUGGGAAACGUAAGAGAGCAACCAUCAGCCCUCAUGAGCAAGCUCACAUUCUCUAUUCCGAUGAACUUCUUGAUUACUUUAUGCUGUCCAGUGACUCUGUUGGGCACGUCAAACCUGAACCUCCCUUCAACUUCAAUCCUGAUUGGAUCAUAGACAAUGAGGGACACACUGCCUUACAUUGGGCAGCUGCUAUGGGAGAUGUUCAGAUUAUCAACGAAUUGAAGCAUUACGGUGCGACAUUAGGCUUUCAAAAUUGUCGUGGUGAGACACCGUUAAUGCGAUGUGUUCAAUUUGUGAACUGCCAGGACAAAAAGACUAUGCCAGGGGUUGUGAGAGAUUUAAUCGAGACGGUAGACUCUGUGGACUUUUGUAAUGCCACCGCACUUCACCACGCGGCUGCAGUCACGAUUAGUCGCCAGAAACACUCAUGCGCUCGUUACUAUCUAGAUGUUAUUCUCAAUAUGGUGCAAGAAGUUUAUAAUCCUCAAUUUUCUUCUACAAUCAUAAAUUCCCAAGAUGUUGAGGGAAAUACAGCGCUACACAUCGCAGCUAAACACGGUGCGCGUAAGUGUAUCCGUGCUCUUAUUGGCCGAAAUGCUCUGACAAAUAUUAAAAACAAUGAGGGAAUGACUGCCGAGGACCUAAUUAGAGAACUCAAUGAGGUGCGAAGAGAAGAUCGUCGAGCUCGAGCCUCAUCAUCUCCUUAUGGUUACGUAAAAGAUGUUCGAUUUGGAAGGAUAAUUCCUGAUGAACCGCCCAGAGUAAUACACCACGCCUCUGAAGCAGCCAUGUCUAUACAGUCAAAAAUUGCACCCCAACUUCAAGAGAGAAUCUUCUCGCUCGCUGCCGCCUUUGACGAGGAGCUAGAAGACAAAGAAAGUUCUGAGCGCGAAGCCAGGCGUAUUUUGAGUGCGACCACUACUGAGAGUGAAGCUCUGGGCCAACAGCUCGACGAUAUCAAUGGAAUGCAAGAGGAUUCUUAUGCCAAGGUGCAUAGUCUAGAGAAGCUUAACGAAUUUCAGAGAACUUUAGCAUGUGUAGUCGAGCGACAACAGAGUAUUCAGCUGUUUAAUCUUUCUCAACAAAAGGAAGCAAAUAUAUCCACUGAAGAAUCACGUGCAGAUGAUUUUGACGAGCGUGUUAAGCUAGCCAAGCAACUAGACGAGCAACAAAAAAGGCGGCAAAAACUUGUCCAAUCAUAUAUUGACGCUCACAGUAUGGCGGGCGCAGGUGAAAAGAGUGAAUUAUAUCGAAGGGUUCUCAUUAAAUCGCUUGGCUCCGACGUUUCUCUUGUUGACCAAAAUCUUGAUGCAUUGGUUGAGCAAUUAAAAGAAGAUGUACACAGCCAACAGACGGAACUUAUGAAAACUGGAUCAAUGUAA